UAUGCUGAGUUUUUCUUGGUAAGCCACAACGUGGUUGCAUCAGUUCUGCCAGGGCUGCUCAGAGUUUCAUAAGCUCCUCUAUCAAAGGCAUUGCAGAAAACGGACUUCAGCAAACAGACACACCAAUGGGUGAUUAUAAUGAAGACUGGUACAGUUUUUUUAAGGAUGCCAAUGACACAGAAAAUGGAGAUAAUGUCGUAUCUGAUGAGGUUUAUUUAUGCAAGAAGAGUGAUGUGAUCCAGUUCGGAGCAGCAUAUCUUCCAACCUUCUACUACAUUAUCUUCUUGCUGAGCUUGGUUGGAAAUGGACUGGUGCUGUGCAUCAUCUACAAAUAUGAGAAGCUCAGCACGGUUACCAACAUAUUCUUGCUCAACCUCGUCAUUUCGGACCUCAUCUUUGCCUCCAGCCUCCCUUUCUGGGCAGUCUACCACAAAUCUGAAUGGAUCUUUGGCAGAGGCCUUUGCAAAUUGGUGGGAAGUUGUUAUUCCAUCGGCUUCAACAGCUCCAUCCUUUUCCUCACUCUCAUGACCUUUGACCGGUACCUUGCAGUCGUCCACGCCAUCACAUCAGCCCGGAAAAGGAGGUCGUUGUAUGCGUUUGUGUGGUCCACCGUCGUCUGGGUGCUCAGUAUAUUGGCUAGUAUAAAGGAUAUAGUUUUUCAUGAUGUGAUGAAAAUUGAAAACAGUUUGCUGUGUGAAAUGACUGGUUACAACCAGAGUUUCCUCACAAAAUGGGAGCUGACUGGUUAUUAUCAGCAGUUUUUCUUUUUCUUCUUGGUGCCUCUGGUUAUCGUCCUGUACUGCUACAUCCACAUAACCAUCAAGAUCAUGUCCACUCGCAUGGCGGAGAAGUGCAGGGCAGUCAAACUCAUCUUUGUCAUCAUCUUCACCUUCUUCAUCUGCUGGACGCCUUACAACGUGGUCAUCCUGUUGAAAGCCAUCAAGACAUCCUUUGGAAAUCCGAACGAUUGCUCAAACGUCCUCGACUAUGCGAUGUAUAUAACACGAAACUUUGCCUACCUGUACUGCUGCAUCAGCCCUGUCUUCUACACUUUUUUGGGAAAGAAGUUUCAAAGCCAUUUUCUGAAGCUUUUGUCCAAGCAUAUACCGUGUCUGAAAAUCAAUGCUGCCUUUCUGUCAACGACAAGCAAAACCACAUCAAUCAGGAGCCCGAACACUGACUACUGAGCAUUUACGUGACUGUGGUUUGUAUGCAUGAAAAGUGAUUUGACGAGAAAUUUGUUGUUAGGAGGACACAAUAUUACUGACAUAAAAGAAAGAAAAAAACUGAGCAUAAUUGAGCAUAUGUUCAAUAAUUUUCUAAUUCAGUGCAUGUAAUGAAUAGUGUAUGUCUAAAGAGGUCCAUCAAUUUCAUCUCUCUCUCUCUCUCUCUCUCU